AAAAAGCGCCUGCCUUAGGUUGUAGACACUCAGCUCUUUACAGCCGCGAGGGACUUCAGCUUGGAAGCUGAGUGAAGCUAGGGGCCAGGUUUGUCUGGUAAUAGUGGUCUCUCGUCCCACUAAAAAAACUCAGGACUACUCAAUCGACGAAACGAAAAUAAAAGAUGAGUGAGUUACGCAUCAUACUUCAUAAUAAGUGACUAAUCGUUCCAUUAUGUGGUUCUUUGCUGCAUGAGAUUUGUACAUGCAACGCGUUAGACAGUUUGUCGGAAAUUGCUGUAGGUGUUAUCCACAGCCGGAAGGUGCGGAAAUAUGUGAAAAUAAAGUGCAAACAACAAUAAGCACUUAGCUAGUGUGUAUGUGAAAAUGUAAAGGCGACAUAACAAUGGUGUGUGCAUGUUGGGUGAAUGAAGGCGUCUAGAGGAGACGAUGCAAAAGCUGGAACAAGCCUAUCAUUGAAUCCCAUCAAAGUGGUCCUUAGUCUUCUUUCAAAAGUAUUUUCCUAACAUAGUAGCGAGAUGUGCGCGUAAAGAAGUUACAGUGUGUGCACGUUUGCGAGUGACAAUGAAAUUCCAUACGACGAUCCAUGGUGAGAAUGUCACGAUUGACGAGGGAGGAAAGUUUGCCUGUCGGCGAAGUUCGUUUUAUGACGCUGUCGUGUUUUUUGCAAAGCCUCUGUCAGUGGGGACUCGCUAUUCGCUGCUGCUGGCAAAUACGGACGAAUCUUGGAACGGUGGCCUUCGUCUGGGACUUACCACCAAGGAUCCGGCCUCGAUUCAGCCUGUACCGAAAUUUACCUUUCCGGAGCUCGUUGGUCAAGAAGGUUUUUGGUUGGCUGCUUUGCCCGAGGAAUUCUGCAAGACCCAGUCUCGUCUUACGUUCUACAUCUCACUGACGGGAGAACUCGCUCUGUUCGCCAAUAACGAGUAUAAGGGCGUGUUGCUAUCCGGCCUACCGGCUUCCGAAAGCCUCUACUGUUUCAUUGACCUUUUCGGGAUUAACACAUCUGCCAGAUUAAUAUCACAUGCUGGUGGCACUCUAGUAGAGGUUCUAGCCCGAGGUCCCGAUGCUCUUCGCGCAUACAAACAAAGCUGUGCUGCAGGAUGCGUACCUUUGCGUCGAAUUCGACUAUUCCUUGUGGGUCCACAGGGCAGCGGAAAAUCCACUUUAAAAAAGGCCUUACUGGGAGAAAUGGAAUCGGAAGACUUCAAAACUCAAGGUCAGCUUGGAGAGCAGCAAAAACGGUCGGCGGAAUCGAUGUUCGAUUCGGUCGACUGUAUCACAGCCGAGGAAGGCGAUGGCACCUCAUGGGUGCGACUGAAAGAUGCAUCGUACCCUCCAGAUGCCUCCGGAGUAUCUCAAAAAGAAGACCUAGAGAAGAGACUUGAAAACUUCAUCACCGACGAACGGCUUGAGGAAGCCAUUGCUCAAAACGUCGUACGAGAGCUAACUCUCUCCAAACGGAAAAAACAAACUGUGCAAGCUAAACAAGGAGCUGUAUCUCGAAGUUCGUUACGGGGCCUUCGGUUGAAACGCGCGGAGCCUGCCCCUCAAUCAUCUUCGUCCUUCACAGCAGACGCGAGUUCUGACAAAGAAGCUCCGGGCCGGAUAACGGCUCGCGAGGACGCUAGAAUCGUACAAGACUUGCCAGAAAACAUCAUGCGCCUAAUAGAUGGUUUACUAAAAAGCGAGCCAAAACAAGAAUGCAACAGUAAAGAAACCGAUAGAUCAUCAGCAAAGAGCCCCAUCUUUCAAAAGCCCGUAGCGCCUGUCAAGCUAACGGUGAAUAUCGUUGACAUCAGUGGAGAUCGCCACUUAGGACUCAAUUCAGAGACAUUCUUCACGCCGAACGGAAUCUUUCUGCUCGUGUUCGACAUCUCGAAAGAACUAGACAGCUCAAUAGGCGAUCAAAUGUCGUUGGCUAGUCCGCAGGAUAAGACCUAUCUUGAGUGUAUUCAUGAAACACUGAUGUCGAUUCAUCUCAGGGUUGCGCAUACUGGCACCGAAAUUCCAGAAGACGUCAAGUUGCUCGGCGAGGACUCGGACAUCAGCGGACUACAACCACCAGUAGUGCUCGUUGGGACUCAUAUCGCUGCCCUACAUUCGGAACGAGACAAGCGCCUUAAUAUGAUCUCAGAAAAGUUUCAACGUAUUCGGGAUUCAUUGAAGGGAAAACAAUUCGCAGCUCACGUAGUUCAGAUGUAUUUCUCUCUUGAGCUCGUCGAUCAGAGUGCCGAAGAAGAUUCAAGUAUUGAUGAGCUGCGAUCUAAGCUUGAACGAAUAGCUCUUCGCUCCGGAGCUCUUGAUGUGGACAUACCGUUAAAAUGGCUACAAUUCGAAAGACUUAUCGGUCGAUUAGUACAAGAACAAGAUUCGUUUUUUGCCGGAUUCUAUCAGCUCGAAGAGAUGGCUCGCCAGGUCGGCCUGGAACACGGUCAAGAGUUUCGAUCAUUGGUGCACUUUCUUCACCAGCAGGGGAAGCUUUUCUGCUUUGGUUGCCUUCACUCCUUUCAGCUGGACUCGCAGUGGGACGGGGUCAUUAUCUUACGACCCAAUUGGUUUAUCCUACGCUGCAUUGAGCUAUUCAAUACAUCCAAUAAAAACGCUUUGAUGAAACUGAGCAAGUCCUAUUUAACCGAGCAGGUCUGGCCGAAGCUGGACGACCAAGCAGGCACCCUGGUGUCAAUAUUAGAUGCAUUGGAUAUUUUAGUCGAGAGCUAUUACGAACCUCAGCUACGACGGACUUAUACCGAGCAGAACGAACGCUGUCUGGCGGUCUUUCCUUGGGUAGCUCUCAGGCCCAUAACGCCGCUCAGGUUUCAGAACCAGUGUUCGCUAGAUACGAUGGUGUUUUUUGUUGACGUGGGUAUCGCACUGACAGAAAGCGUGUACCAUCGGUUCGCGUGCCGGCUGCUCAGAUGGACCGACUGGCGCGAAUGCGACAUCUAUAAGAAUUCGCUUGUGAUCCCACUCGACGCUGACCAUACAUUACUAGUUCGGGCUACACAGAAUAACCGCUUCAUUCAAAUUAUGGUCCAACGUGUGCAACGUGGUCGUGAAAAUUGGCUAGCGUCGUCACCGCCACAGCCGUCAAUCUGUGAAAAAGUUCGCCAUCUAGUCCAAGCAGAAUUGGAAUCUCUACGCCAGUCUUGGUACACUCGAUUAGCUUUCGAGCUGGCCGUGGCAUGCCCAUGCGACGGCGCUGCUUGUGCCUUGCAUGGCCUUCGACCGUGCAGAAGCUGCCUACAUCUUCUCCCACUAGAUGACUGUUUGGCGAAGAAAGUGGUCUACUGCGAUUUCAGACGCGUUGAAACGGAGUUCAUCCGGGAUCAUUUUCCGCAUUCAGUUAUCCAUGGGAUGGCUGUUGGGGCCGCUGGGGGUGCGGCAAGUGGUCGCCGAAAUUCGUUUGGAUUCGCCUGGCCGCAAUCGCAGCUGACGCUCAACGCAGAUUCACUUUGGGAUGAACCAGAAUGGACAAAGGAAGCUGCCAGGCUAAUAGGAUCUGAUUGGGUUGCACUUGCUAAAAGACUCGGGUAUACUGAUCGAGAGUUGAGUCGAUUCUCAGAGGAACCGGCAGCAGGUCUGGCCUUACUACGUGACUGGAGAGAAUCAAACGGAGCUACAAUGUAUUCGACUGACGUUCUAGUAUCGUGUCUUCAACAGAUGGAACGAGAGGAUAUUGCGCGCCUCAUCCAAUCAGAUGAGGCACCCCUGCCCGUCGUGUUUAUUAGCUACCAAUGGCAUUCGCAGGAAGCUGUGCUGAGUAUACGGCAAAGACUAGAAGCGGCUGGGCUCCCAUGUUGGAUGGAUGUGGGCCAGCUUGGGGCGGGCGAUUCUCUUUAUGGCAAAAUCUACGAGGGCAUCUUGCGUUGCAAGCUUGUGCUCUGUUGCUUAACAGCUAGAUAUGCCGCGUCCGCUAACUGUGCCAGAGAACUCUCGUUAGCAGAUGUUUUACGUAAACCGAUUGUGCCUGUAAUGGUGGAACCGACACCGUGGCCGCCUCCAGGUCCUAUAGCUGUUAUUCUCUCGUCGCUGGUAUAUAUUGAUCUUUGCGGAGUAGGUGGCCAUGGUGGAUAUGGGCGAGAUGCCGACUGGAAUUCUCGCUGUCAGGAUAUUAUCGAGAGGGCCAACAUGCUAAUCCAUUCAGCUCCAUUAGCGCCUGGUCCACAUUUGCCCGGAGCUCCUAAUAGGAGGCACCAGCUAACUUCAGAGGCUACAGGAGGACCUGUUCCGGCAGUGGCCCAGGCCCAUGCAGUGCACGCCGGUUCACCGAAAUCACACGGAAGUGCUUCGGACUUGCGGCUUCGACCACGCAUGAGCGAUGCCAGACGCGAUUCCGCGUCAACGGUUGGAGGUACGUUUACGCCUCCGCCUGCGGGGGUUUUGAACGAAACGGGUGAACGACUGAGCUCAGCAUCGUUAUCUCUGGGUAAUCCUUCGCCGACGCUGAAUAUGAGCAGGCCAGGUACAUCUGGCCUGCACGGACCAGGAGACGGGUCGGCGCAGGUCGUCUCAGGGAGGAUUCUUCGGUGUACCGUAUGUGUGGUACUUUAGACGCACUGGCGCAUUUUGAUAAUGGGUGCUUGUUAAUCCGCUUUUAUCCACGAGUGAAGAAGCAAACAAAAACAAGAGCACUAUUAUUCUAUCAGUUCUUGCUGUAUCAAUCCUAUUCGUUAAAGUCACACCGGAGUACAAAUGAUAACACACUGAAAACCCCAUUGCGCUUCUUAAGUUUAGUCGCGUGAAGUGCUAUAGAUACUAAAGCAAAAAAAUUUAUUCAAAUAGAUUUAUAUCAAAUGUAUCGCCACCUACACAUCUUGCUUUUACUUUUUUGACAGACACUUCUGAAAUUUUAUUAGAAUUUCCUGCAGCUACAAGCGGGUUAGAACUCGUGAAGCUAUAAACUAAACUACUAAUAAAUUUUUCGCCUUAAAAAUUGUUAGGAAGAGGCGUAUUUGAUACGAAUGAUGUCAGUUCAGUUGAAUCGACGGUAGAACACGGUAAGGGUUAUCUUUAUAGAGUACCGUACCAAUAUAACUAUUAGCAAGCGAAAGGUAAAAUAUCGCAGAUUGAUCGUAUGGUUAAUUUGACCAUAUCAGUCAUGUCUGCUUAUACGUUGUACAUAAUUACAAAUAAUUUUUAUGCAGUUGUACCAUUAUAGAUAGGAGAAAAAUUUUUUCGUAUGACUUCAUCAUAACUGCAACAAAAUGGAAGCAUGUAGAGCCUUUCUUAUACUGUAUAUGUAUGUAUCGGUACUUAUAUUAAUUAUGUAUCAUAAUUGUUAUUAAAUAUAGAUAAUAGCGGUACGUAUGACGUCACGCAAUUUUCAAAACGCGAUCCUCAAUAGCCUUGUGAUUUUCCUUAUAAAAAUUCAGUCCACAGAUUAUUACUCCUCUAACCCUUCUCGGACAUGCACUAAUGUCGGACUCAUUCGCUUUACUUAUGCCGUUUACUGAAUAACUUUCAUUUCCUGGCCUUCCUGCACACUCACUGAAUCUACAAAUUUCUAAGAUGAAUCUAUACACGAAACGUGUAUCUCACUCUAUUUAAUAGAGGGAAAGAAACAGAGUUAAAAAAGAGGAAGAAAAUGCUACCUGAUCCUCUGCUGCCGUUAACCACGAGGAUCGCGGACAUGGACUUACGUGGCUAGAAAGCGAAAAUAAAUCUGAAAGUUGUUGUU